UUUGCCAUUAAAACAGUUAUCGUUGCAGUCACUGGGUUACCAACUCUGUGCAGGCACCACAAUCCAACCAAGAGAAUCCAGUUUAUGCAGACAGACAGAAAAGGUGAAGCAGCUUUGGUGGAGAAAAUGGUUGGGCAAAUAUUCCAAAUUGAUGAUAUCGAAUUUGGCGAUUAUUUUGAAAAUUAUACAGAUGACUACAUUAUAGAACCAGGUGUAUCUCCCUGUACACUGACUGUGAGGGCAUCAAUCAAUAUCGUACUUACUAUUGUCUACAGCCUGGUGUGUUUCCUCGCCGUGACGGGGAACCUGGUGGUAAUGACCGUCAUACUUUACAACCGACGCAUGACAUCAUCCACAGACAUCUACCUGCUCAAUCUGGCCACGGCAGACCUGCUCUUUGCCCUCUCUCUGCCCUUCUGGGCAGUAGAUGCCAUAUCAGGGUGGGUGUUUGGUGAUGCCAUGUGUAAGGUUGUCAGCAUGUUACAGGAGGUGAACUUUUACAGUGGGAUCCUGCUGCUGGCCUGCAUCAGUGUGGACCGUUACCUGGCCAUUGUCCGCUCUGCCCAGUCCCACAAGCAGAAGAGGCCGUUUCUGACCAAACUGGUCUGUGGUGUUGUGUGGGUGAUGGCAGUUCUUCUGUCCUUACCUGUUUUUUACAAGGGCGAGUUUAUUUACUCCAGCAGAAUCCUGUGUUAUGAGACCCUCGACGGUGAAUCAGCUGCAACCUGGAGAAUCACCACCAGGUUCCUGCGUCAUGUCAUUGGGUUCCUCAUCCCACUGGGGGUCAUGGUCUUCUGCUACAGUGUCACCAUCCACAGACUGUGUCAAAUGAAAGGACUGCAGAAACAGAAAGCCAUGAAGGUCAUUAUCGCCGUGGUGCUCGCUUUCCUGGUCUGUUGGCUGCCCCACAAUGUAACCGUGCUCAUCGACACUCUGAUGAGGAGCAAGCUCAUCGCCGAGACUUGUGACAAACGCAGCCACAUCGACAGGGCUCUGUCUAUGACCCAGACUCUGGGAUUCCUGCAUUGUUGCAUUAACCCAAUCUUAUACGCAUUCAUCGGGGUGAAAUUCCGGAAGAACCUGGUCAAAAUCUUGGCUAAAACAGGAAUUAUUAAGCGAGCUAUCAUAUUGAAGUACAGGAGAUCUAUAUCGUCUAUCUCUGAUUCUGGGCUUAUUUCAACCAGCACCUACUUUGCUCAUGAUGGAAAUGUUCGGGUUAGUAAGUAAGGGGCAGAGGAAGAACAAGAACUGAUGAAGACACUGAUCUUGCUGCUGGCAUUACUGAGCAGCUGACAGAGCAUCAGUGGAAAAAGAACAAGAUUAAUAACACAGGCCACUGCUAAUGUUGUAGGAUCAAACACAGGAGCGCUGAAAAUCUAAGUUGUCUGCACCUGAAUACAGGUGGAAAAAAUUGGUUUACAAAUUGGAGUGGAAAAUGCCAGAGAUACUCUCACGUCUCCCACCUUGUCUCUGACUGGAAACUAACUCUUUCUCAGCUCCGACGAACGGUCCCAGACCCGAAACUUUGACUGUUUCUCUCUCCGCAGAUGCUGCUUGACCUGUUGAGUUUUUCCAGCAACUUCUGUUUCUGUUUCAGCCUUGCAUUGUUGUAUUUAAUUCAGUUUUGACACAGGGUGGGUGGGAACUGGGAAAGAACUGAUUCUUGUAGCUGUUUAGAAACAUAGAAACAUAGGAAACCUACAGCACAAUUCAGGCCCUUCGGCCCACAAAGCUGUGCCGAACAUAUCCCUACCCUAGAAAUUACUAGGCUUACCCAUGGCCCUCUAUUUUACUCAGCUCCAUGUACUGUCUAACAGUCUCUUGAAAGACCCUAUCGUAUCCGCCUCCACCACUGUUUCCAGCAGCCCAUUCCACACACUCACCACUCUCUGAGUAAAAAAAACUUACCCCUGACAUCUCCUCUAUACCUACUCCCCAGCACCUUAAACCUGUGUCCACAUGUGGCCACCAAUUCAGCCCUGGGGAAAAGCCUCUGACUAUCUACCCUAUCAAUACCUCUCAUCAUCUUAUACACCUCUAUCAGGUCACCCCUCAUCCUCUGUCUCUCCAAGGAGAAAAGGCCGAGUUCCCUCAACCUGCUUUCAUAAGGCAUGCUCCACAUCCCAGGCAGCAUCCUUGUAGAUCUCCUCUGCACCCUCUCUAUGGCUUCCACAUCCUUCCUGUAGUGAGGCGACCAGAACUGAGCACAAUACUCCAAGUGGGGUCUGACCAGGGUCCUAUAUAGCUGCAACAAUACCUCUCGGCUCCUAAAUUCAAUUCCCUGAUUGAUGAAGGACAAUACACCAUAUGCCUUCUUAACCGCAGAGUCAACCUGCGCAGCCGCUUUGAGCGUCCUAUGGACUUGGACCCCAAGAUCCCUCUGAUCCUCCACACUGCCAAGUUCUGGGAAUGAGCAGGAUGGUGCAGUGGGGUCUGUGCCAAGUGCAAGCAACAGUACAUUUUCCAGCUGGUAACGUCAGAUGGGUCUUCCUUUGAAGUGGCUCACCUGGUGGAGCUACAGCCUCAUGACUCCAGUGACCCGGCUCUGUCUGUGUGGAGUUUGCACGCUUUCCUUGUGACCGCGUGGGCUUCCUCUGGGUCCUCCGGUUUCCUCCCACGUCCCAAAGACUUGCAGGGUUGGUGGGUUAAUUGGCUGCUGUAAAUUGCCCCUAGUGUGUGGGUGAGAGGUAGAAUCUGGGGGGAGUGGAUGGGAAUGUGGGGAGAAUAAAAUGGCUCAGAGUAAGAUUAGUAUAAAAAUGGGUGGUUGAUAGGAUGGACUGGGUAGGCUGAAGGGCCUCUUUCUGUGCAAUUGGAGACACAAGUGACUUCAGACGCUGGAAUCUGGAGCAACACACAAAGGAGCUGUAGGAACUUAAUGGGUCAGGCAGCAUCUGUGAAGUUUAGACAAUUGUCCUUUUGUAGAUAUUGUACCAUGCAUUGUAUCUCUGUUUUUUCUUCCAGGUUCAUUGGUAACAAUAAAUUCACUUCACAUUUAUAC